AUGAUAGUAGAUGAUCAGUUUGAGAUAAUACGGAAAUUAGAUCAACUAGCACAUGAGGAUGAGACGAGGAAGGCUAUGAUUAGAUUGGCCAUUAUGAAAGUUCGAAGUUUUAAACUGGCAAAUUUGAAGACUUCUAGUUUACCACCUGAUAGUGAAGAAUUAUUAAAGAAGUGUCACAAUUAUGAAUUAACGAUAAAUAGAUUGAAACAAGAAUUUAACACCAAGGACAAAUUGAAUGAAUCAGCUAUAGAGAAGUUGAAAGCUGAUAUAGCAAAGAUUAGAAAGGAGAAAUUACAAUUGCAAAAUACUGUCAACAAACAACCUACUAAAUCAAUAUCGAAACCAAAUUCCCAAUCAAGAUUGAAUUUAUCAUUCUCCAACACUCCAUAUUUGACUAGAGCCAUGACCGGAAGCUCAUCUCCAGUCACUAAGCAUAGACCUUCACUUUUCGAUAGACAAAAUAGAGGUAUUUUAUCCCCUAUAAAUACCAGAGAAAGGUUUCUGAAACAUGAUUUAGGUCUUGGAUAUAACAAUAUUACCCUAAACAAAACUCCUAAAUCAACUUUGAAUUCCAAAUUAUUGGUUAAUAAAGCAGAGAUCAAGAGUACACCAUCUAAAUCCCCUAUAAGAUCACCAGGUAAAACCCCUUCAAGAUUAUCAUUUAUAGCUGAUUUUGACAAAGAAUCUCAAGAAUCAGAAAAAUCACCAUCUCCUGAGUUUACUCCUAGUAAAAGACAUCCUUUUAGUGAAGGUAUGAAUAAAAUCGAUGAAGAAUUAGCGGCUGAAUUAAAUAAAGAUGGUCCUGAUGCCAAUUCUACCACUUUAUUAGAAGAAGAUUAUGAUGAAGAUGAAUCUGAUGAUGGGUUCCCCCAAGCUAAACGUAUAAAUAGAAGUAACGAUAAGAUAAAAACCCCUAAAACCACCAAUAAUCAAAGCAUGCAAACGGAUGAUAGUAAUGAUGUAUUUGCUAGUGCUAAUUCAAGUUUAGCUAAUUCAACUGUCAUAGUGUCACAACAAAAUGUCAAGAAAAAGAAAAGAAUAAAUUUAUCGUUAGCUAAUUCUAGAAAAAUCAGUAAAUCUUUAAGUUUGGAUCAAGAAGUUAACCCCAUUGAUUACUAUAAAGAAGAUUUAAUGAAUUCUUCAGGGGGAGAAUCACCCAACGGAGAUAAAACUAUCAACACCACAUUCGAAAAAAGGAAAAGAACUGUUUUCAAUGUAUGA